GUGUGGUCUGGAAAGGAGCUCACAGCUGCCAGCGUCUGCACCCCAGGAGUCCAGCACCCACCAUGCGACCUCUGGUCCUGCUGUGGAGCUGCCUCAUGCUCCCAGGUUAUGAAGCCCUGAAAUGUCCAAAGGAGAUCAGUGGAUUUGAAGGUGACACUGUGUCCCUGAAGUGCACCUACGGGGAAGAACAGAGGAAGCUCAAGAAGUACUGGUGUAAGGAGACCGGGAUCUUCAUCUCCCGCUGCUCCAGCACCAUCUACUCAGGAAAAGACGGCCAAGAGAUAACGAAGGACAGGGUGUCCAUCCGCGACAGCCCCCAAGAGCUGGCGUUCACCGUGACCCUGAGGGACCUCACCCUGCAGGAUGCCGGGAAGUACUGGUGUGGGGCCUAUAGACUGGGCGUUGAUGAGACUUCCCCAGUCUCUCUGAUCGUCUUUCCAGGACCCUGCUGCCCCCCUUCCCCAACUCUCUCCCUCCAGCCUCUUGCUACAACAAGACUGCAGCCCAAGGCAAAAGCUCGGCAAACUCAGCCCCCAGUAUUGACUUCUCCUGGUCUCCGCCUGACAGUCACCACAGCCAAGCAGGGGAAGACAGAGGCUGAGGCCUCUCCGGUCACAGGGACGGUCCCGUUCCAGCACACAGGAACCUCCCCACACACAAGAACCUCUCCGUAUGCAGGGACCUCUCUUCACACAGCGACCUCUCCUCAUGCAGGGAGCUCCCGCCCACCCAUGCCGCUGGACUCCACCCUCGCAGAGGACACCAGUUCUGUCCCCAGCAGCCACAGCUCCAAGUCCAGGGUGUCCAUCCCAAUGGUCCGCAUAUUGGCUCCGGUUUUUGUGCUCUUGUCCCUUCUGCUGGUCACAGGCCUAAUUGCUUUUGGGAGCUUCAUACUCCGGUGGAGAAAGAAAGCUCAGCUGACCCUGGAGACCCAAAAGAACGAGAAGGUCCAUCUCCCAACCCUGCCCCUGGAGAAGAGCUGGGUCCCUGAAGAAGCCGUGAUCAACCUUUCAGGGCCCCCUGAGCCUCUCACCAGUCCCGAGUCCUCUGCCGGCCCCUACAAGGAGACCCAGUGCCUAAGCCAGACUACAGAGGAACCAGAAGCCCCUUCCCAGGACCCCGCAGAGAGCACAAUCCCAGUGCCUGCGCUCCUGAUGUCUGAGGAGGAGCUGGGCUUCUCCAAGUUCGUCUCGGUGUAACUGUAGAACGCUCUCCUGGCCAGGCCCGUGGUGAAACCGAAUGGCUGGGUUUGCACUAACUCUCGUGAACUUUCUGCCAUAAUCUUGAAGUCCUUGGAGUCUGUCCGACCACACUGCAGGGCCCAGCCCACCCUCCCCAGGCUCCCUUCCUGAAUGUCCCAGCACGACCUCGAAGUGUUUGUCAGGCGCGGAUGAGGCUGGGCCCUCCCCACAUGUUCCCAUUUUUGGGCAGGGCCCACAGUUGUGGACCCUCACUAGGGUCAGGCAGGGCUCAGCAGAUCUGGGCUGAGUUUGCAUCCACUCCAGGAAAUCCUGGGUGCAGAACAACAGGCCCCACCUCCCCCGCCACCACCCCAUCCCCCACCCUGCCUUCUCCUCCCUCAAAUUCUCCUCCAUCAGCUGCUGAGAAGAGGGAACAUUCUGGGGUUGAGCCCUGAUUUCAGUUUCUCAAAGCAUGCUGUGACCCACCUGCAGCUCAGCCCUUCAGUAAGCUAAUUAAGAUGUGAUUCCUGGGUCCAUCAAGACCCACUGGAAACCAUCUCUGGAGCUGGGCUAAUCAGUACCCCGAGAAUAACACUUGAGUGUGAAGACCCGCGGGCCUGACACCCUCAGACCCUUCCAGCUUAGACAAUUUAUAUUUGGUGCCUGGGGUCGCCCACAUGCUCCCUAGAGGGGCUACUAACACCAUGACCCAACAGGGGGCUUUCCUGGGACCUUCCCAAGUCCCAAGUCCCAGUCCUGGGUCAAGUGCACAUUGGAAAUGGUCAACCCAGAGCUGUCAGGGAGGGGCUAUCUUUCCAUUUUUCCUACCCAGCCUUGCUCUCCUUGUUUUGGAAGAUGCUAGGGAAAAACUUGACUCCUUCCUUUUCUAGAAAGGUUUAAUAUUCCGUGGGUGGUAGCUGGGAGAGGAGUAGAAAACCAGAAUGCAGGUGGGCAUCUGAAAGGAAGGAGGAAGGGAACCGGAAGGAGCUCGAGGAGGGCCCUGAGUCCAGCAUCCUGAAGAGGGGGAGGCAGGUGCAGGAGCAAAACUGGUGCAGUAGAAAUUUUUUUUUUUCCUUUUCCUCUUUUCUUUAAAAAAAUGAGAUGGGAAUGCUAAGUGUACAAAACUUAGAAAAAUGGGGAGGAAAACCAUAGAAGAAAAAAAAAGACACCAGAGACGAUCCUGAUUUCCGUUGUUGAAUUCCCUCUCGUAUUUUUUCCUCUCUGUAAUUUGCUGCUGUUUUUUAGGUAAUUAUCCUGCAUAUACAACUUUGCGCCCUGCUUUUCCCACUUAAUUAUUACACCACAAGCAUUUCUCCAGGUUGUACAAAACUUUUAUAAGGUGUUUUUCAGCUGCAUAAUAUUUCAUCAUAUUGAUGUGCCUCAAUUUAUUUAACUGAUUAUCAUUAGCUACUUAAUUUGCUUCUAUUCUUAACAUGAUCAAUAAAAGCAUAAUGAAUCUUU